AUGGUCAAUAUAGUUGACUUACUCGGCACGGCCGACAACCUCAGUGACCCUGAGCCCGCUCUCAACAAGCGAUCGACGGUCUUGGCUACGGAGUAUGGGCUGGGAAAACACUUUAUUCUGCUCGGAAUCAACGGCAUGCAAAACUUCAUCAAGGCCUUCUACGUGUGCAACGGCGCGUAUCCCAUGGCCACUGCUCUUAUCAAGUUGGCUCUGCUUUUCCAGUACUUACGAAUGUUCGAGCGCGGCACCAAGUCACGAUUCAUAACCAUCUUCUUCAUCGUGUUCACGGCCAUCUGGGGUAUUGUUUACUCCUUCCUUGCAUGGGUUCCGUGCAUUCCCGUAUCGGCCUUUUGGGACUUUUUCUCGUUGACGGAAACACGAUGGGCUUUUGGCUCUCGCGACCCUGUCGUUUUCGCCCGUAGCUUCGAAAGCCAUGUAGGGAUUAAUGUGGCGUUGGAUCUUAUUGUAUUUGCGAUACCCAUUCCUCUUUUUCUACGGGCUGGACUUCGGAAGAAGUCUCGGAUGAGCCUGUUUGGUCUGUUCGCCAUGGGUGUGCUUGUUAACGUUCUUGGAAUAUUCCGUCUCGUCGGCAUUUCUAAAAGUAGAGCUGGAACGUACCCGACUCUCGAUCCCAGUUGGUAUGGCUGCACCCCCAUAGUACUCGCCGCCGUCGAAACCAAUCUAGCCACCAUUUGCGCCUCGCUCCCAGUAUUCUGGCCUACUCUUCAGAAAAACAUUGGCCAGAUCUUCAUCACGAAAGAAGUUGAAAUCACUUCAGAAAUUCGCCGGUUCAGCACCCUCCAGGACGAAGAGGCCACCGCCGAGCUCCGUGACUUUUCACCAAGAAAACCGUCCAGAGCCCUUGGCAACGAUUCAAAUGCGAGAUGGUACACUGAAACCCUGAGUUUAUCAAAGUCGACAAAAACAGCGGUUGAAUCGAAGAGACUUGCAUCAAAGCCGAGCGAGAAGUCACUGAUAAAGAUAUCAAACGACCAGGAGUCGCAGGACCGUCUUGUAUCUUCACCUUUCCAUGGCCGUUUGGCUAUGUAA